CCGGAGCGCGGGGCCCGCUGGGAGGGCGCCGGGACGGUUACCCACGGGGCUGGCAGGGGUCGCGAGUGCGCUUCGUCAUGCAGAGCACAGACCUGGGCAACAAGGAGAGCGGCAAGAUAUGGCACCGCAAGCCCUCUCCGGCCAGUCGGGACGGAGUUAUAGUGAACAUCAUUCACAGUACUUCUGAUUACCAUCCAAAAGUUUUGCGAUUUUUGAGUGUGGCUUUUGAUGGCUCAGGUGAUUGCUUAAUUGCUGGAGACCAUCAAGGAAAUAUCUAUGUUUUUGACUUAUAUGGAAACAGGUUUAAUCUUGUUCAGCGAACAGCACAAGCUUGCACAGCUCUGGCCUUUAAUCUUCGUCGAAAGUCUGAAUUCCUUGUGGCAUUAGCUGAUUAUUCUAUUAAAUGUUUUGAUACAGUCACCAAGGAGCUGGUUAGCUGGAUGAGAGGACACGAUUCAUCGAUAUUUUCGAUCUCUGUGCAUGCAUCAGGGAGAUACGCCAUCACGACUUCUUCUGAUACAGCACAACUGUGGGACUUGGAUACCUUUCAGCGGAAAAGGAAGCUGAAUAUUCGCCAGUCUGUGGGUAUUCAGAAGGUUUUCUUUCUACCUUUAAGUAACACCAUCCUCAGCUGUUUUAAAGAUAAUUCCAUCUUUGCUUGGGAAUGUGAUACUCUUUUUUGCAAAUAUCAAUUGCCAGCUCCACCUGAAAGUUCUAGUAUAAUAUACAAAGUGUUUGCUGUAACCAGAGAUGGGCGGAUCCUGGCUGCUGGAGGCAAAUCAAAUCAUCUGCACUUGUGGUCCUUGGAAGCUACACGGCUCUUCAGAAUUAUCCAGAUGCCUACCAAAAUACGAGCCAUUCGCCAUCUGGAAUUCCUUCCUGAUAGCUUUGAUGCUGGUUCUAAUCAGGUUCUUGGAAUACUAAGUCAAGAUGGUAUUAUGAGGUUUGUCAAUAUACAGACCUGUAAACUUCUUUUUGAAAUUGGGAGCCUUGAUGAAGGGAUUAGUUCAUCAGUAAUCAGCCCACACGGACGAUAUAUUGCAUCUAUUAUGGAAAAUGGAAGCCUAAACAUAUAUUCAGUUCAAGCAUUAACACAAGAGAUAAACAAGCCACCUCCUCCUUUAGUCAAAGUGAUUGAAGAUUUGCCUAAGAAUAUCCCAACUUCUGGUGAUGUUAAGAUGAAGAUGACAUCAGGAAGAGUGCUUCGGCCAGCAAGAUGUAAGGAGCACAAAACUCAAACUAGAAUAAUAAAGCAAGACCUGACUGGUAACUUAGAAAAUAAAGAGAAUGAAUUGUCAGAUGGAUUAAACAAAAAACGUUUACAAAUCUUAUUAAAAGGCUAUGGUGAAUAUCCAACAAAAUACAGGAUGUUCAUUUGGCGCUCUUUAUUACAACUGCCUGAAAAUCAUACUGCAUUUAGCAACCUACUAGAUAAGGGCACUCAUGUGGCAUUUCUCAACCUUCAGAAGUUAUACCCCAUCAAAAGUAGGAAGCUACUCAGAGUUUUACAGAGAACACUGUCUGCUUUAGCUCACUGGUCUUCUAUCUUUAGUGACACACCAUAUCUUCCACUGUUGGCAUUUCCAUUUGUAAAAUUAUUCCAGAACAACCAACUCAUCUGUUUUGAAGUUGUUGCUACUCUCAUAAUAAAUUGGUGUCAACACUGGUUUGAAUACUUUCCUAACCCUCCCAUCAAUAUUCUUAGUAUGAUAGAAAAUGUUUUGGCAUUUUGUGAUAAACAACUGCUCCAGCACUUCAUAGAUCAUGAUAUAACUUCCCAGCUGUACGCUUGGCCUCUUCUUGAAACGGUGUUCUCAGAAGUGCUGACCAGAGAGGAGUGGCUCAAAUUAUUUGAUAACAUCUUCUCCAACCAACCUUCCUUCCUUCUGAUGACUGUGGUAGCCUACAGCACAUGUUCUAGAGCUCCUUUGCUCAACUGCACUCUUAAAGAUGAUUUUACGUAUUUUUUUCAUCAUCGGAAUAACUUGGAUAUAAAUGUUGUGAUUAGAGAAGCUUAUCACCUCAUGGAGACCACACCUGCUGAUAUUCAUCCAGACAGCAUGCUGGAUGCUUUUGUUGCACUGACAAAAGGGCAGUAUCCAGUAUUUAAUCAAUAUCCAAAGUUUGUCGUGGAUUUCCAGACACGGGAACGAGAAAGAAUAAGGAAUGAUGAGUUGGAUUACUUGAGAGAAAGGCAGACAGUUGAAAAUAUGCAAGCUGAAGUAGAUCAGCAAAGACUUGAAGAUGAAGCUUGGUACCAAAAACAAGAAGAGCUCCGUAAAGCAGAAGAAGCAAGAAGAGAAAUGCUCUUGCAUGAAGAGGAGAAGAUGGUACAGCAAAGACAGAGACUAGCUGCUGUGAAAAGAGAGCUGAAAAUGAAGGAAAUACACUUACAAGAUGCUGCUAGAAGGCAUUUCCUGAAGCUUCAGCAAGCUCAGCAUGAAAUGGAGCUACGAAGACUGGAUGAUGAAAUUGAGAGGAAGGUACAAAUGAGGGAUCGAGAAAUCGCCACCACAGCCAGAGACCUAGAAAUGAGACAGCUGGAGCUUGAAUCACAAAAAAGACUUUAUGAGAAGAAUUAUACCAGAAAUCAAGAGGUUUUUGCAAAAGAAUUUCGAGAAGAUGCAGAUGCCUACAGACAAAAAGUGGAUUUUGAAGAGGACAUGUUUCAUAAGAUGAUAGAAACUGACCAAACUCAAACUGGAAAUGCUAAGAAGGUAAUUGAAGAAAAGUUGGCAAAAGCUGAACAAGCAUGCCUGAACACUGACUGGAAAAUUCAAGCUCUACAUAAACAAAAAUGUGACGAUCUACAACGAAAUGAAAGCUACCAGGAAAUGACCAAACUCCUUCGAAAAAACAGAAGGAAGGAAGUAGAGCUAUUAAAUGCCAUGAUGGAGGAAGAAGCUAAGAAGUGGAAGGAAGCUGAAGAAAAGGAGUUUCAUUUGAGAGCAGAAAAGAAAGCUUCUUCUCUUUCGGACACAUCUAGAAACUGGUUUUUAAAGCAGGAGCUGAGUGCUGCUUUAGAGCAUGCUGAAAGGCCAUUUUCUAAAGCAGAAGAGUCCUGUUUGCGAAGGGAGCAGAAGGCCUCAGGCUCUUUGGCCAGGACCUCACAACUAACUGACAUUUCUGGAAUAGAUCCCUCAACAGGACUUCCUCUCCGUAGAAGCACAGCAGAAUGGGACGGCAAGAAAGAAAAUCUGCUCAAGAAAGUGCGAGACCUCCGCCAGAGACUCACCGCGCAGGCCCAGAACAGACACCUCAGCCAGAGUCUUUUGGCUACGUAGAAGGUGUCACCUUGUCACAGAGAAAGAGAAAUACCUACUUACAAUCAAUGACACUUACUUUUAGAUUAUUUAUUCAGAAUUUUUUAAUGACUACCCUUUUAUAUA